GCAACGCGCAGCUGGACCCGGAAGUACUUGAUGACGCUUCGGCUAACCGGCUAACGUGACAAGUGACAGGGACGUCUGUCCGAGUUGCCAGUUUAAGUAGUUCAAUAAGCGUUGGUACGUGUUAAGGACAUGUCAUACAACUGUUGUUUUGCUGGUGGGGGACUUGUAUAAAUUGUGUACCAUCAGAAUGUUUGCCUCACGCGCUGAUGAUGGGCCAUGAUCGGCUUGUCAAAUUAUGCAAGUGUUAUGGAAAGUCUACAAAAUUCUGCUGAAGAGCAUCAAUACACUUUUUACCAGGACAGCUCAAGGCCCAACAAACAGGAAUCAACCAACAAUUCCAAGCCAGGUGUCGGUGGGUUUGUUUUAGUGCAUGCAGGUGCAGGUUACCAUUCAGAAUCCAAGGCGAAAGAGUACAAGCAUGUAUGCAAAAGAGCUUGCCAGCAAGCUGUGGAUCAGCUCAAAGCAGGAGCACUUGCAGUUGAAGCCGUGGCUGCCGCUCUGGUUGAGCUUGAGGACUCUCCUUUUACAAAUGCAGGUAUGGGCUCCAACAUAAAUUUGUCUGGGGAAAUAGAGUGUGAUGCCAGUAUCAUGGAUGGGAAAUCACUGCAUUAUGGAGCUGUAGGUGCGAUUAGUGGUAUUAAAAACCCUGUUUUAGUUGCAAAUCGACUGCUGAGCGAAGCACAGAAAGGCAAACUUUCAGCCGGCAGAAUACCCCCCUGUAUCAAUGAUUUCUUUGCCAGCUUUUUAGUUGGAAGGGGUGCACACGACUGGGCCAUUAGCCAUGGUGUUCCACCCUGCCCGUCAGAGAAAAUGGCCACGAAGUUCAGUUUAUCUGCAUAUAAGCGGAAUAAAAGAAAGAUGGAGCUGGCUGAGAAAAUGGACCCAGGACAUAAUCAAGCAAAGAGAAGACGACAAUCAAGUAGAAAUGAAAAUUGUUCGGAGUGCCUUGAUACUGUUGGAGCCGUUGUCGUUGACAUGCAAGGCAAUGUAGCUGCAGCGGUUUCCAGUGGAGGUCUGGCCAUGAAACAUCCAGGCAGGGUUGGCCAGGCUGCUCAUUAUGGAUGUGGCUGCUGGGCUGAAAAUGCUUGUAACAUGAACCCAUACUCUACAGCAGUGAGUACCUCAGGCUGUGGAGAGCAUCUGAUUCGCACCAUGCUGGCACGGGAAUGCUCCGCUGCCAUGCAGUCGGAAGAUGCCCAUCAGGCCUUGCUUGAAGCUAUGCAAAACAAGUUCAUCAGCUCACCAUUUCUGGCCAGCGAAGAUCGAGUUUUGGGUGGAGUAAUCAUCUUGCGGUGCUGCAGAUGUGUGGAACCUCAGCCAUCUACAAAUGUUCAGGGUUCUCUAGUGGAGUUUCUUUGGAGCCAUACCACAGAGAGCAUGUGUGUAGGCUACAUGUCUGCCCAAGAUAGUAAAGCAAAGACACACAUAUCCAGAUUACCACCUGGGACAGUUCCUGGUCAGUCCUUGGCCAUCGAAGGAGGCGUUUGUCGGCUGGUUAACACGGUGGAUUGAGUCCCUUUCUUCUUUGUUAUUUGGCUUCUCAAGCAAUACUAGACCCAUUGUGCAUUCUGAUGUGUGAUGCUGGAAACAAUAAGCUUGGGUGGCUCACAUGUUGUUUGUGCACUUGCAGGACUUCCAUAUGCACGUGGAUUAUACUUGAUGCGCUGUUGCCUUUAUAUGCCACAUUUGAUUUGUUUUUUCCUUUUUACUGUAGAUAAGCUACAAUUUUGAGGUGAACAGGGUGGAUGUUAUUUUGUUUUGCUUCACCAGUGAAACGAUUUUGAAGGGAUUUCAAUACAAAAUCGAAUUUGGUUUAAAAAUGCUUUCCAAGCACGAUAGAUGGAAUUAUGCACGUUGGAAAAUUCCUGCUACGAAAGACAACUGUUAAUUGACAAUAGUGUCCUUGUGUCUGAAUGUAAAAUAAUGAUAUUACUACUCUGAUGAACACAUUCAACAUCUAUGUAGGCUCACACACAUCAAACCAUAUUGCACAGUAAAAAAAAAAAAUCAUAUGCUUGGUUCUUAAGAUCCUUUACAAACGGCAUUGUUUAUUCACAAAUCACUGCAUGUGCAUCACCAAGAGUGCAGAAUUUUAUGCAUGCACUUUCAGAGCUAUGCUAAUACUGUAGGACUCAGGUAGAAUUUCAAGCUACAGCCAAGCCAACCAUAAAUAACUCCUAUAGGUACCGUGAGAGGCAGAUAUUUUAUCAGUACGAGGAAAGGGGUAAACUAAUGAUCCAAUGUAUGCUUUCUAAAGCAUAUUUAAGUGGUGCUAGGAAGUUUUACUUGCAAAAGUCAUGUUUCAGUUAGUAUUCUUUAUUAGUUAUUGUUCAAGUCUCAAGACAGAAUGGUGCUUGUAUUUUGAGAAGGUGAUGUAAAACUGUACAAAAUACAGAACAUCCUGAUAUGUGUGCAGCUUUCUACAGUGCUUCAGAAAUGAAUAAACUUUUAUAUUACCAUG